AUGAUGAAGAUGGACGAUGCGUCCCGCCGGAGGGCCAUUGGUGACGCUUGGCCGCAGCUGGUGGACUUCCUCGAUCAAUACCCUGAAUGGGUGCUACGGAAAGCCAGGGAGCUCCUUCCGCCGAGGGACUUGAGCUGUGUUGAGGAUGUUGCCAAUCCCAAAGAGAAGGUCUCCUUGGUCCUGGAUGUGUUCCGGACGGCCGCCGAGGCUAACCCUCCCGCCUUCAAGGACUUUGUCCAAAGCGCCUGCAUGGAGUUCAACCUGCCCAUGGAGCUGGAAAUCACCUUCAUGAGCAUCUCGGCAGAAAAUGGUAACACGGCUCAAGAGCAGGAGUUUGAAGACGCUGCCGUUCCCUCCGCGUCAACGAGAAGGAGGAGUGAUGCUGAAUCAGACCUGGAUCAGCGUCAGCUGAAGCGCAUUCGUGAUAUCUUUUUGGCCCCGAGCGAUUCAGAGGACUUUGCAGGGUUUGGCCCUGGGGACGUAGUAGAGUCAGAUUACCGGGGAGUAAAGCGGGUGGCCAAUUCUGCAGAAAGGUACCGGCAACUCGUCAUCCAACGCAUGCUCCAAAGAUACAGAACAAGUGGGCCGUUCCAGGACCAGCUGUCAUCUUUCAGCCAAACUUUCAUCAACCUUGUGAUCCGUCAUCGCAAAACCUUGAAGUUGAAGAGAAGGAUGGAAAAAGGUGUGAAGGAGGAACACACGUGUCUGCACGACAUGGAGGAACACGGCAAUGCAACCAUGAGGUUGUCCGAUCUCUUUGACUCCGUCCAAACUGAGACGACGAAGGUCAUCCUCCUCUUGGGUAGACCAGGGAUGGGUAAGACCAGACUCAUGCACAAAAUCUGCCAGCAAUGGGCUGAAGGAAGCUUGCCUCAGUUCCGACUGAUCUUCCUCUUUGAGUUCAGGCAGCUCAACCUGAUCAAGAGAAAGCUUACCCUGCAAGAACUUUUCUUUGGUUUCGUCCUCCAACCUGACUCUUGCCCGGAUGCAGUAUUUGAGCAGCUCCAAGAGGAUGCUCGGCACAUAUUGGUGAUCUUUGAUGGUCUGGAUGAAUUUGUGGAGAACAUCGAGCUCUCGUAUCCUCCUUGUGUGCCAUCUCCAGAUCUCGUCAAUCCUCUCUCGACGGCAGAGCUAUUUGCCGGUCUUUGCUAUGGGAAACUCUUGUCCGGCUGCACCGUGUUGGUCACGACGCGACCCAAAAUCAUCCCCGAAUCACUGUUGAAAGCCAGCACUUUGUUGGCGGAGAUCUGGGGCUUUGACCGCGAAAAGGUCGAGGAGUACGCCGGCUAUUAUUUCCGCCACCAUUCGGAGAAAGAACAAGCGCUUGCCUACCUGAAAAACAAUGGGAAACUCUUGAGCAUGUGUUACAUCCCCGCCUUGUGCAAUAUUGUCUGCAUUUGCUUGGAAUACUUGCUCCAAAACGCAGGGAGCAACCAGCUACCUCAAACUGUGACUGAGUUUUACAUCCAAAUGCUCAGCACCACCAUAUGUACACAUCAGGAUAAAGAAGCGCAUUUGGGCCAACACCAAGAAGCCCUUCUAGGUCUAUGUGAGUGGGCCUUCAAAGGUCUAGAACAGAAGAAGAUGUUGUUUUAUGCCGGCGAGGUCCCAGAGCAGGUAAAGGAUUUUGCUUGCCAACAUGGUCUCUUGUUAACCUUUGAGGUGAAGACGAGUAGUGGCCAAACACAAGCAGGUUACACCUUCGUUCAUUUCAUCUUGCAAGAAUUCCUCGCCGCUCUCUUCCUAUUGACUAGCCAAAGAGUAGACGGCAACUGUCUGAAAGAGAAGUUCUUCUUGAGGUCAAAGUGGACGUUAAAGAAGGGACCGAAGGAGCCGUUCACCGCCAACUGCCAUGUCUUCCUCUCCGGUCUUUCGUCCAAAGAGUGUCGGGGAUUCCUCGUCUCCUUAUCCGGACAAAGCGAGACUUGGAUACGGGAACGGCAAACCAUCGUGUUGGAGGUGCUGAAGAAGCUGGCGGUGGCCCAUUUAACCGGGCCCAAGAUAGUUGAGCUCUGCCACUGCGUGUAUGAGACACAAGACCUUGAGUUAGCCCAACACGUCGGGAAGCGGUUGAACUUCACUUUCCAGUUCAGAAAUUUCAGGCUGAUGCCGCUGGACGUCAUGGCGUUGGCCUUUGUGAUCAACAGCAGCAGUCAUUUGGUGCACUUGGACUUCGUUGGGUGCUCCAUGGAGCUUGACUACUUGGAUGUCUUGGGGAGCUGUGAAAAUAUACAGAGUUUGAGCUUUAGGAGCCGAAAGUGUGGUAACGAGUUCGCUGCCGCCCUUUCCAAAAGCCUGCCGAAGAUGAAAUGCCUGACAACAUUUCGGUUGACAGGUGGGAACAUCACCGUCUCUGGCCUUGAACAUCUCAUGGGCGCUUUUCCAAACUGCCAGCAGCUGGAAGACAUCAACUUGCAGGACAACAAGCUGAAGGGACAAGACAUGGUCAAGCUCACAGAGAUAUUUCCCACUGUGAAUAAACUAAAGAAGAUGGAUUUAAGCUUCAAUGAGAGUUCGGUGGAUGCAAUCCUCGCUUUGGUCAAAGCUGCGGCGAUUUCCCCAAAUGUUACCAAGCUGCAUAUAAGGAAGGAUACGAUAUUAAUCUACUUCAGUCACUCCAGAAAGGAUUCAAGGUCAAAAGGAGUUGAAAUCAAAGAAGAAGAGACCAUUCCUCAAGCCAGAAGUUUAAUAUUACAGUAA